AUGGCCACUCCCAGCUUCAUCCCUAACCCCGGAGACCACGAAGACCUGGACUUGUCACUUCACGAACAUCACGAGCCCGUGGAGGUAACUGGGUUCCUCCCCUGUCUCACAGACCACUUCCACAUGCAGUCGGAGUCCUUGAUCGGCCCCCUGAUGCAGAGCAUCUCACACCAGCACUGGAAGGUGCGGGUGGCUGUCAUCGAGGCCACCGGCUCUGUGAUCCAGUUUGGCAGCGGGAAGUCGGUGGACGACGUCCUCCCUCACUUUGCUCAGAGGCUCUUCGAUGACGUCCCCCAGGUGCGGCAGGCGGUGACCUGUGUGGUGGGGGGCUGGCUGCUGGACCUGCGGGACCGCUACUCCUUCUUCCACAAGCUGAUCCCGCUGUUGCUUAGCAACCUCGAGGACGACAUCCCUGAGAUCGCGCUCGCAGCCGCCAGCCUCUGGGAGAAGGUGGGCCUGCAGUGGCAGAGGGAGAACGAAGACGACCUCAAAGAUAAGCUGGACUUCGCCUCGCCCCCUCCAGCCCACCACCCCUCUCCAGACAACCGCCCUGGGUUGGGCUGUCGGGAGCUCGUCUUCAGAAACCUCUCCAAGAUCCUUCCCGCCAUCUGUCAUGACGUCACUGACUGGGUGGCGGGGACCAGGGUGAAGGCCGCGCAGCUGCUGGCCGUGCUGCUGCUGCACGCCGAGGACCACGUCACACAGCACCUGGAGGUCGUCCUGCGAACCCUGCACCGGGCCUGUGCCGACGACGACAGGGCCGUGGUCCGCAGCGUGAGUUGCCUCUUCCGGUCACGGAAGCUGUGGCUACGGGUUGUGGACUUCGCCCUGUGCCGCGAAGACUGCAGACGGUGCAGCUUACAGCUCUUGGAGGUCCUGGUGACCAUAGAGGCGCUCUGGGGUGCCACAGGCCUCGGCGACAAGGUCCGGGAGACCAUGGACGCGCUGGCCACGGCACAGGACAUCAACGGACGCCAGGAUCUGUACCGAGAGCACGCAGGCCCCCUCGUGGAGUGGCUGGCCGCGUCGCACCACGACUGGACCGUCCACUCAGCAGAGCUUCUGCAGUUCGUCGUGGUGAUCAACCACGCAGGCCCGGCGCUGGGAGAAGUGCUCCCCCACCUGGUGCCCGUCCUCAGGAGCUGCCUCCAGCCCGCCCGGGACCCACAGAUGCGCCUGCAGCUCUUCUCCUCCCUGUCGCGGGUGCUGCUGAGCGCAAAGCAGACUGUCGACUCCCAGGGGCACUUUCACCACUACCUCGACACUGUGACGAAGGACAUCUUGGUCCCUAAUCUGCAGUGGCACGCAGGGAAGACGGCUGCAGCCAUCCGCACGGCAGCCGUGUCCUGCCUCUGGGCACUCAUCAGCAGUGAGGUCCUGUCGGACGAGCAGAUCCGGAAAGUUCAGGAGACGCUGAUGCCGCAGAUUCUAACCUCCCUGGAAGAAGAUUCCCAGAUGACUCGAUUAAUUUCGUGCCAAAUCAUCAACACAUUUCUAAAGACCUCCGGUGGUGUGGCUGAUGCCGAUAAGCUCAUCAAGGUUUAUCCUGAGCUCCUGAAGCGUCUGGACGACGUCUCCCACGAAGUGAGGCUCGCGGCCACCUCCGCCUUGGUCACGUGGCUGGCGUGUGUCAGAAGCGACGACGACGUGAAGUCCUGCUACCAGAGCCACAUUCAGUUCCUGUACAGAGAGCUCCUCGUGUACCUCGAUGACCCGGACAGCACUGUCCAGGAUGCGGUUUUAGAGGUCCUCAAAGCAGGCAGUGUCCUGUUCCCUGAGCUCCUGGCUAGAGAGACAGAGGCUGUCAUCCACAAGCACCGCUCUCCUGCCCUCUGCCAGCAGCUGCUACAGCACCUGCAGGCCCAGCCGCCCGCCCAGUGA